AUGGUAGAGCCCCUUGCAAUCGCAGAAACCAAAGAACUUGGAUUGUCAUUCGAUAGUGCCAUUUUGGCAAGCAAUUCUACAGACAUCGAUAACAACAACUCGUUUUACGCCCUAGUCAUCGGCAUCAAUGAUUAUCCGAAUCUCGAUCGACUCUCAGGAGCCAUUGCGGACGCAGAUAGAGUGGUUAAAUUCUUGUCUACCAAUCUCCAAGUUCCUUUAGACCACAUAAUCAAUCUUCGAAACGAGGAGGCAUCUCGAGCUGCCAUAAUUCAGGGCUUCUUUAAACUCCGCGACGACCCACGUAUCGUCAAAGGAGAUCCCAUAUUCAUAUACUAUGCUGGACAUGGGGGAUCAUGGAGAGAAAAACGGAACAGUGGUGCGGCGAACGAAGUCCAGGUUAUCUUUCCGUAUGAUUAUGGUGACCAAGAAAUGGAGUCUGACCGCCUCAUCAACUGCAUUCCCGAUCAGACAAUCGCCACAUUACUUAACAGUCUUUCCGAAGAGAAGGGGAAUAAUAUAACAGUUGUGUUUGACUCGUGUCAUUCUGCAUCAGGAAGCAGAGACGGAUCUGGAGUGUUUCCCUCCAUGCAGCCGCGCUGUGCCCGCUUCUACAUGAUAUACCAUGCGAUCUUGAUGACGACAUACUCGGGGCAGCUCCUGCUCGUCGAAGAAAAUCGCGUUCGGUGGAACCCAUACUUUGCACUGAUCAAGGAUCUCAUGCUUCAACUGCGUCUAUAUGCACGCCAGCUGAAUGCUGGAACAGGCAACGAACUCAAAGUGUGGUUCUCGCCCCAGGCUGCAAGGAUGCUUUUUCAUGACAGUGAUCGAGAGACCUCGCAAAUUAGCAUGCCUUCCAAGCACGAGGUCGCCCCAGAAAGUUUAGAAGUGGCGUUUUCGAUAUGUGAUUCAAUAGCCCAAGCACAUGGUGUCUCAAAACUAGAGCAACGGAAACCCGCUCAAAGACGUAACGUCGAGUCGGUGCUAUUUGCCGCCGCGAAAUGGAACUGGCAUCUCCGGCGUAUCAAUGAACAGCACAUCAAGGAAGGCCGUCAUUCAGUAAUAGAAAUGGGAAUGUACAAAGUUGGCCAGAGCAUUAGAGCUAACCGCCGGGAAUUGUUCCAAGAUCCCGAGUCUGUGCAGUUACAUACGAUGAAACAGUUAUCCAACAAAAGGAGCGUUCCACUCUAUGUCAGUAUGUUCUUCUUUGAUGCAACAGACUUCUCCAUUGUGCACCUUUUUGGACAUAGCGCGUCGAACGGCCAGGGUGAUCCGGAGCUUCCUGCCGAUGGAGAACUCUUUAUUGGCGACGCUGUUGACGGUGGCUCUCCGCUCAAGUUCACUAUUCCCCUUACAAAGAAGGUUGAAGUAGGGCACUUGAAGUCUUUUGGUCCACUGACCCACUCGAACUGGAUCACGUUCCUCAACCAUCGGCCUUUGAUUCCAGGUCGAGCCGGGGGGUAA